AUGCCGUCGGCAACCGUCGACGGUGAGCGCAUCGAGGGUGUGGCCGCCGCCACCUCGUUUCUAGACAGCCUCCUCGCGCGCGCAGAAUCAAUCAAGCAAACUGCAUCAAUCGAACCGCCGCUCAAUAAAUCCGACUUUGACGACAUCCGGCAACAGCUCAGCGAUGCGCUAGGCUACGAGAUCGCAGUGGACGAACCCGCCGAUCCGAGGAGGAUACAACGGUUUGGUCUUAUUGAGACUGCCGUUCGCGAGACAUUUGAGUCUUUGAUUGCAACAACACCGAUCGAGUCUCCCUCGUUUGUCAAGAUCUGGAACCUCCUCGAUAUUCUCUCACUACUGUCCGACUCCGAACUCUGCGACCCGGCCCUGCUGUUCUGGCUCGUUGAGGAACUGCUCGACAGCCAGACCAUCGCCGGGUGCCGAAAAGUAUUUGACUUCCUCGAGUCGCGUCGCGAGCGCAUCACCGCCAAGCACUUCAAACAAAAACAGCUCGUUAUUCUCCGGACCUGCAAUGAGCUUCUCCGACGUCUGUCCCGGGCCCUCGACCCAGCAUUUUGCGGGCGAGUAUUCAUCUUCAUGUUCCAGAGCUUUCCACUAGGCGACAAGAGUUCGGUGAACCUGAGGGGCGAAUACCACGUCGAGAAUGUGACCACCUUCGACCAAGAUACCCCGGCGGCGGAAGAGGAGGUGGAGAAGAUGGACGUGGACACGGAGACGAAGUCGCAAAAGGACAAAAAGGCUCUAGAGCCGGAUGCAUUGUAUCCCAUCUUCUGGGCUCUGCAAGAGAGCUUCAACCAACCCAAGAAGUUGUUUGACUCGGCCCACUUUGCGUCGUUCAAAGCUGGCUUGGAGGCAACCAUGGAGACCUUUUGGGGGAUCAGCCCGGAGAAGCCAUCGCGGGCGAGGGAAAGGCAAGACAAGCCGGACGAGGAGAUCAACCCGAGCCACAAGCGGAAACGCGGCGAUGUUGACGAGGAGCUAGCCAGUGGCUUCAACCCCAAGUAUCUCACCAGCCGGGACCUUUUCAAGUUGGAGAUCAGCGACCUAGCAUUCCGGCGCAACUUCCUCGUCCAAGCGCUCAUCAUCAUGGACUUCCUCCUCUCCCUUUCCCCAAAAGCCAAGGAAAAGCUAGCGGGCAUCAAGGCCCCCAACAAGUCCGUAACAUACUCAGACCAACAGCUCAGCGAAGACGACACCAAGUGGGCAACAGACAUGAAAGUGUCCAUCGUCAAGUACCUCCAAAAGGGCGUCGACGGGCCCUUCUUCGACCGAAUGGUCGGCACCGUCCUCGUGCGCGACAAGAACUGGGUCCGGUGGAAAAUCGAAAACUGCCCGUCCAUCGAACUGCCCAUCAUGGACCCAGCCACUUUCACCGACGCGCGUGCCUCAGCCACCCGCCUGGCGCGGACAAGGCGGUUGCCGUUCGAGAUGCGCACGCUUGAGUUCCUCGGUGACGAGGACGAGCAUGGCGCGCUGGAGAAACUGAAAGACCCGGAACGGUACACCCUGCCCGAGCUGGUGAGUUUUCAGGGCGCUAUAGGGGAUGAUGAUUUUGAUAUUGAGCGGGCUAUGGAUAAUCAGGCGAAGGCUGUGACGAUUGAGAGCAAGGCUAGUAAGGCGUGGCGGGCGCUAAGGAUUGCGAGCAAGUCGAAGUUGGUGGUGUUUGAUAAGAUUGAGGAUGAUGAUAAGAUUGAUGUGGUGUUUGAGGAUAAGCCUGCUGUGGAGGAUGAAGUUGUUGCCGAUGGCGACGAGGCUGCUGCUGAUGGCGAUGGGACCCCCGCUGAUGGUGAUGGAACCGCCGCUGCUGAGGGUGAUGAAGCUGCUGCUGAGGGCGAGGGGAUCGCUGUUGAUGGGGAUGAAGCUGCUGCUGCUUCUGCUGAAGACGUCGAAGUCACUGCUACCACCGACGGCGUGACAAAUGGCGAAGCCGUCUAA